CUUUUUUUUUUUCCUUUAUUUUUUUUUUAUAUAUAUAUAAAUUCAAUAAAUAUACAAGCAAAAGAUGUCUGAUACAGGAAGUGAUGCUCAAAUAUCACCUUCUGCACUCAUUAAAAGUGAGUAAUUUCUCUAGUGGAAGCAUCACGAAAAAAAAAAAGGGGGACUGAUAAAAAAAGAAAAUAUGAAAUAGAUAUAGUGGAAGAUUUAUUUUCAUACAAUACAAUUAAACGUAGAAGAAUACUAGAAUAUUAUUUUUUUGAAAAUGCCAGUUUAUCGUCUCCCGUUAUGAGCACAGACGGUGUCCUGAACAUUCAAUAUGUGUAUACAGUUUGGCAAGCCAUGAAUCGAACAGAACCAACUAUUAACAAUAUCGUCUUUGAUGGCCAUACUGCUGUGAUUCACUUGACACAGCAUAUCUCACCAUGCAUUUUUCCAUCCUUUAUUAGCCUUCAAGUUCCCGCUAUCACCACUCUUCAUUUUAAAGAAACAGAUCCUGAUAGUGGUCUAUUAAAGAUAUACAGUCAAGAAGAUAGUUGGACAUUAGAAGGGUUGCUUCAAUCUGUACCACUCAUCUCUUUUUGGUAUGACCAUGUUCUCCGAUUAAUUAUGGGGAAACUCGUCACGACGACGGGCGAUUUAUUAGAUGCUGCACUACAACAAGCCGAAAAGAUGACGCAGCGAGGUCAGGACAUUCAACGGAUCGGUCGUGAUAUGGCGAUUGAAAACAUGGAGAAAUUAGAUGUCUAUAAAUCAGAUUUGCAUGAAAAUUAUUUAAAAGGUAUAAGAAAUUGGAGAGAGUCUUGUACCUCCGAUGAUCAAUAUCAACAACAGCAACUUUUGCGAGAUCAACUUUUAUAUCAGGCAUAGAUAAAAAAAUAAAAUAAAAAUAAAACCUUUUUUUUUAUUAUUAUUAUCAUUCGUAAUCCGCUGCAACGACAGCAGCAGCCGUGUUCAUAUCAACG